UGAUUAUUGAACAGGGAUGCUUCACUUACUCAAUGGUGGUCGUUCCCCUUUACGAUACCCUUGGAGCUGAAGCCAUCACGUACAUAGUCAACAAAGCUGAGCUCUCUCUGAUUUUUGCUGACAAGCCAGACAAGGCCAAUCUCUUACUGGAUGGUGUAGAAAAUAAGUUGACACCAGGCCUUAAAAUCAUAGUUCUCAUGGACACCUUUGGCAGUGAUUUGGUGGAACGGGGCAAGAAGUGUGGCGUGGAAGUCAUCAGCAUGAAGGCAAUGGAGGACCUCGGAAGAGCCAACAAAAGGAAACCCAAGCCUCCAGCACCUGAAGAUCUUGCAGUAAUUUGUUUCACAAGUGGAACUACAGGCAACCCCAAAGGAGCAAUGAUCACUCACCAGAAUGUCAUGUGCGACUGUUCGGCUUUUGUGAAAGUGACAGAGAACACAGUCACUCCUUCCACAGAUGAUACUCUGAUCUCUUUUUUGCCUCUCGCCCAUAUGUUUGAGAGAGUUGUAGAGUGUGUAAUGCUGUGCCAUGGAGCUAAAAUAGGAUUUUUCCAAGGAGACAUCAGGCUACUUAUGGACGACCUCAAGGUGCUUCAGCCCACUAUCUUCCCUGUGGUUCCGAGACUGCUGAACCGGAUGUUUGACCGAAUUUUUGCACAAGCAAACACCACACUGAAGCGAUGGCUGUUGGACUUUGCCUCCAAGAGAAAAGAAGCAGAACUUCGCAGCGGCAUCAUUAGAAACAAUAGCCUGUGGGAUAAACUCAUCUUCCACAAAAUACAGUCGAGCCUGGGCGGGAAAGUCCGGUUGAUGGUCACAGGAGCCGCACCCGUGUCCGCCACCGUGCUGACAUUUCUGAGAGCAGCCCUCGGCUGCCAGUUCUACGAAGGCUAUGGACAGACCGAGUGCACGGCCGGCUGCUCUCUCAGUGUGCCUGGAGACUGGACAGCAGGCCAUGUCGGUGCCCCCAUGCCUUGCAAUUUGAUAAAACUUGUUGAUGUGGAAGAAAUGAACUACUUGGCUGCCAAGGGUGAGGGUGAGGUGUGUGUGAAAGGGCCAAAUGUAUUUAAGGGCUACUUGAAGGACCCAGYAAAAACGGCCGAAGCUUUGGAUAAGGAUGGCUGGCUGCACACAGGAGACAUUGGAAAGUGGCUGCCAAAUGGCACACUGAAGAUUAUUGACAGGAAAAAACACAUAUUUAAACUGGCACAAGGAGAAUACAUAGCACCUGAGAAGAUUGAAAAUGUUUACCUGCGAAGUGAACCUGUUGCUCAGGUGUUUGUCCAUGGAGAAAGCUUACAGGCCUUUCUCAUAGCAAUUGUGGUACCAGAUGUUGAGAUAUUGUGUUCCUGGGCCCGAAAGAAAGGCUUCGAUGGCACCUUUGAGGAAUUGUGCAGAAAUAAGGACGUCAAAAAAGCUAUCCUAGACGACAUGGUGAGACUUGGGAAAGAUUCCGGUCUAAAACCAUUUGAACAGGUCAAGGGCAUUACUCUGCACCCUGAAUUAUUUUCUGUCAACAAUGGCCUUCUGACCCCAACGAUGAAGGCGAAAAGGCCAGAGCUCCGGAACUAUUUCAGGUCACAGAUAGAUGAACUGUACGCCACCAUCAAGGUUUAACGGGAGGCAGAGAGCUCGGAAGAAACGGGCGCACCGCCACAGUCCCUUCUUCUCUGAUGGC